GCUCGCACGGGGUAGAAGUUUGACAGGAGCUCGAGCUGCGGCGGGUCUCCUUCAGCAUUCGUGAACAAGCCGGGCCCUUUCUGUCGUUCUAGACACGGUCCGCCCUCCUCAAACGACACCUGUGGCGACCCUUUUUGGGGUGGGUUAUUUUCUUUUCGGCUCAAUCCUGUGAGGGGCUACGUCGCCGAGGGAGGAACUAUGUCUCGCAAACCCGAGGAUAUCAACAGGCUCACGGAGAACACCUAUAAGACUGUAAUGGAACAGUUUAAUCCAGGAUUACGGAAUCUUGUAAAUCUGGGCAAAAAUUAUGAAAAAGCUGUUGGUGCUAUGGCAGCUGCAGGCAAGACUUACUUUGAUGCUAUUUCGAAGUUAGGAGAGCUGAGUUCCCAAUCACCGGUCUCCAGAGAAUUGGGACAAGUCCUUAUGGAGAUUUCAGAAGUUCACAAGAAACUCAACUUUGAAAUGGAAGAUAAUUUUAGGAAAUUUCACAAAGACAUAAUAACUGAAUUGGAGAAAAAAAUUGAUCAAGAUGUGAAAUACAUGAAUGCAACUCUUAAAAAGUACCAAACAGAACACAGAACUAAAUUAGAUUCACUGGAAAAGACUCAAGCAGAACUCAAGAAACUUAGAAGGAAAAGUCAAGGAACAAAAAAUGCAUACAAAUACGAAAAUAAAGAAAUGGAGGUUCUAGCAACUAUCAAUACGAGAGAAAAUGAGAUUCAGAAGUUUAUCACUGAUGGCUGCAAAGAGGCUUUACUUGAAGAAAAAAGACGCUUCUGCUUCCUGGCAGACAAGCACUGCAGUUUUUCGCAAGACCUAAGCAACUAUCAUGAAAAGGCCAAUGGGUUCCUUCGUGCCAAAAUAAUUCAUUGGCAGGACAAGUGCUUGGAAGCCACAAAGGUGCCAGACUUUUUGAAUGAAGAUGAAAGUAGCUUCCCACCAUACUUCUCCAAAACUCCUCAACCUUCUCCAAUCAUAGGAAGAUACACUAUGCAUGAUCCUGUAUUACAGAAUAACUCAAAAAUACCACCUGCUCCUCCUGUAAGAUUUCAGAAAAGUCCUCUGCCGGAUAUGUUCAACAAUCCAAAUUCACAACGCAUGGCCCCUAUUGAGAGAAACACUGAAGUUACAGAUGAUGUCAGUCUAUCAAGAUCGAUUUCUGUUGCAACUGGACUGAAUAUGGUUCAGAGGCCAAAGGUGAAAAGCAUUUUCCCCCACACUGCAGGAAAUAACAAGAAUAUGUUGAGCUUUGCAGAAGGAGAUAUACUGACACUUCUAAUACCAGAAGAAAAGGAUGGCUGGCUGUAUGGAGAACAUGACAUGACUAAAUUGAGAGGUUGGUUUCCAACUUCCUACACCAGACCAGUAGAACAAGGUCCAGACACAUCAUCUGCAGUCAGCACAGCUCCUGCACGGAGUAUGAGCAUCCUGAAUCUUGCAGAGAGGUCAAACGUUGCCCUACCUCCUCCAGAUUAUGAAUCGAUGCCAGUUAGACAUCACAAGGAAACAACAUUCCAUUCUUACAGUGGUGCCCCAACCAGAGGAAUUCUACCUCAGCCAGACAAUACAAACUCAUUUCCUCCUUUAGAGUUCAGAGGUGAAUGGCACUAUGAAACCACCUUUCCUCAGUGGGGGAAAUCCUUUCGCUACAGUCAAACUCCGACCAACAGUCACAAAUGACCGAUCGGCACCCGUUAUCUAGUGCGUGUGGGUAACGAAUGUAUCUCCUGUACCAGAUGUGAAAUGGCAACCAACAGAUGCUAUUCUAAAUUGACAUUAUAUAUACAAUCAUGCCUUCCACACAAACUGCUGUCUCUACAUUUAUCCUUGUAGUAUCAGUUAUUUAUGCUAUUCAAAUUAAUUGUAAAGCCACUCUUAUUUUAGAUAAUGGAGGAACAGAUGCUAUUACAAGUGAAAGAAUGCAGCAUUUACAAGGCUCUUGUUACUAGACAUUUACUUGGGGAAGAAGUUGUUUUUAUUAGGAAUUAAUCACUGUUUAAAAAUGCUGUUGCCUUUCAAAAUCCCACACUUCAUGUUACCAGCUUGUUUAAUCAAGCAUUUAUUCCAUAUGGUGUUUAAUACUUAGUGAAAAAUGUAAAAAAAAAUCUUGUACAUUUAUUACUCAUUGCUUUUGUUGAGGAGUAAGACUCCGGAGGCUGUGCGCGCGUGAGCUUUGAGUACUCACACAGUAUCAGACGCAGGCUCAUGGUUUUUGAAAUUGGUGAUGGGCUAGAACAUGUUUUUCAGCAUCAGUAAUGGAAGCCAUAUCAACAGGCUGUAUCUAUUCAUUUUGUUUCUCUCAGGGAUGUUUGUGUUUUUUUAAAUCUUUCCCAUUCUCUAUUCCAUUUUUUGUUUUUUUGAAUCUUUCUCUCCUAUUUACUGUCUGUGCAGCCUUUUUUAUUAUUUAUACCUAAUUGGGAGCUGUUUAUGGAUGAUGGGUACAAAUCGAUAUAAUAGAUAGAAUCCUAAAGAUAUGAUUGUUCCUUUCCUGAUAUAAUUUUGCAUUUUAAUUUGUGUACAUGCGGAACAUUUUACAGAUGAGCCUGACUGAGGGGAAAGGGAUUAAUAUGUUGUAGAUCAUGGCAAUUCUGACCUGAGGCUGACAUUUUGCACGUCAAACCCUGUCAAAAUUGAUAGUGACCUAUACCAACUGCUAGAGUUUCAAUCUCUUUCAGUUACGGACACUGAUGGACUGGUGCACUUUCCCAAUGUUUUCUACUUGCAUUUGAGUGGCACCUUGUAUCCAUCACCACUGUAAGUAGAUACACAGCCUCACACUUCCCAAUCCGAAAAUGUAGCAGCAGAGCCACUUGAAGUGCAUUUUAAAUGUAUCAGCCAAAGAUUAGUUCAUUUAAAGUUCAGCAUAUUUAAUAGGUUAGUGCUAUCCAUUUAUUUUUGGAGUUGUGCCAUAGAGAUGAUCCUCCUUUUAAAGUGAUCUAUGUGCACACAUGUACUUUGUGCUUUACCUCAUGGUUUGAGGGGGUUUACAAUAAUAGUCAAGACUCUUAUGUAGCAAAUAGUAAAAUCCCAAUAAAUAAGUCUGAACAUGGUAGUGUUUCUUUACCUCUGGCUGCACUUCAAUCCUCAGAUUCCUAAUGGUACACAUCUUCAGGCAUAUAUUCUCCAAAUUUAUGGGAGUUUUCUCUUCUGCGUGGAGUUGAAGUAUCAGUUUUUUUUUAUCACUCUGUGUCACUUUGACUUUUGGGAGUGUUUUGCUUUGUAACUCUCUGAGACUGGUGGCAAUGCUUUAGAAAUGAGCACCAAAUAUGGAAAAGAUCAGAACAAAAUUAACAGUUGUGUGGACCACACCACAACUCCUAUGGCAAUGGAACUAUUAGAAUAAAUUAUUUUGUUGUUCAGACUAUUUUCAAAGGAUGUAAAAAUAUGAGACCUCUAUGUAAAUUAAAAAAUCUUUGCAAAGUGAACAAGAUGCAAAAGGCCCUUUGCCAAUUCAAUCAAGAAAAAAAUCCUCCAUUCAUCCUAUUCUUAAGGACUCUAACAUUUUGUCUUUUUUUAAAAAAAUCCUUUUUCAAAUGUGGCAACUCAGUUUUAAGCCUGUCUUUCCUUAUUUUGAACUUAAGAGCUGUACAUCUUUGUGUAGCCUUGCUGUGGAGUUUAGUACUGUUUCAAUACAUCUGGUUUUCCAUAAGGCAAGCACUGCAUUAAGUUGUUCAGUCUGCUCUUGGUGAAAGGGAGCUUUAUGGCUGCCAUUGUCUUCCCCUUUCUCUAUAUAUGCACACACCCCUCAACCCACCUUCCCUCCCUCUCUCCACCCCUCAACCCCACCCUCUCUCAACCCUGCUUCCUGUAGGCCCCAGCAAUAGUGUGCAUCAAACUCAGCCUAGGAAAACACAAACAAAAGAACUGCAGAUGCUCAAAAUAGGAAAUAAAUUUUAUAAAUUCUGGAAAGCAUCGGCAGGCCAUGAAUAGAAUCCAUGCCAUGAACAAUGGAUAGGAAUAGGUAAUGUUUUAGAUCAGAGACUGGACUCAGCAAGUUCUUCACCUGAAACAUUAACCCUUUCCACACAUCCUACUUGGCCUGCUGAAUGUUCCCAAUAUUUUCUGCUUUUUAUUUCUAAUCUGCAUAUUUGCCUCUGACCUGCAUUCAACUGGCAUAUUAACUCAAUCAGUUUCUCUUUCUUUGGUUACUGAACUUUAAUGAAACGUCAAGUGUAACUGUACCUUUGGCUCCAUUAUCUCUACUUGAAGUGCUUAACCCAAAGAUUCAAUUCAGAUGCAGGGAAGGGACCAGGACCUAUUGCAAGUUUAACAUUUAGAUGAUAGAUUAUAGUUGCUGCACUUCAGUGAUAUUUCUUUGUACUCUCAUCACUUUUCAUUCCUUUUACCACUUUCUGCUGUGUCAGUAAUCCCCUGCAUUUGUCUAUGAUAACAUGUAGUUAAUCUGUCAUAUUCAUUUCUGAAUUAGUCUGUCAAGGGCAAUAUUAGGUUAAUCCUGUUUCAGGUCUCUGUCCUGCCUUGAAACUGCAAUUAGUGGAAAACUAACACUACCAUCUUCAGGGUAGAAGUGACAGAGACGAAGAACCAAAGUGUUUGUUACGUAUGUAAUGCAAUGAGAUAAAUCAAGUUCUAAAUGUUUAACUUUACGUUACUGAAGAAUCUGUAUUGGAAUUAAAUUAUAUCCCUUUACUGGGGAGCUUAUGUAGGAAAGUUUUUGAUGAGAUUAGCAAUAAGAAUUCAAAUAUAUAUCUCCAGUGAUAAAUGCAAUAAAAAUGUGUACCAUGCAUUGUCUAGAGACAUUUACUGUAUUAUAGUAUAUUUUGCAGUGAGGAUCUCAAUUAAGCAAGAUGAUUUAAUGUUGAAUAAAUGUGUGUGAUGCCUCUUUAUCUAUUACCAACAUCCUUGCCAGGACCAAGCCACUGAUCUGGCUGAAAAGACUCCCUCUUGUACAAUGUUUGGGGAAACCAGAUUUGUAAGUGUACUCUGGGUAUUUCACAGUACAUAUUAGUUUUCUGUAUGUUGUUUUUCUGAUGUUCCUGUGACAGCACAGCUGCGUUUAACUCCAACUAGUUAUAGGUUUAUUAAAUUCUAAUUUUGCUCUCCUGAAUUCUGGUUCAACUGUGCAAAAUGCAAAUGUGAAAAGUCUAUGCAACCAUUUGCAGCAACUGCAAUAAAUUACUGGUGCAUAUUCCUAA